AUGGGGGAGCUUCGUCGGACAAACAUCGAUUGGGAUUGUUCUGAACCUCGAGUCCCGAAAACCUCGGACCGGUCAAAAAUUCACUCUAAUCGGCACCGCGAAGAUAUGGAGAUCUGUGAGGAGUUGCGAUACGGCUGCGCUGGAGGCUAUUGGUCAGACUUGAGCGAAAGUGGCAAGACUGGUAGCGAGACACCGGUAGCGAGAUAUUCUGCAGUUGAUUCUAACGAGGGAUGCACCACACCACCUGCGCGUGAGGGUAUGGGUAAAACAAGUGGGCUAAGUAAGCUCCGCCAAACGGAGAUCUACGCCGGACUCCGGACAAAUAGCAAGUGGAAAGAGCUACACAAAGCUCAGAUUCAGAAGAGCUUUAAGAAGCGAGUCAAGAUGUUUCACAGAAUAAGCGAACGGGAUUUGAUGAGCUCAGCAAGUUGCGAUACACCAGCUCAACCUUCAGCGGACACUGCGUGA